GUUCCAGCAGAGACUGCUGGGAUCAGAGGAAGCAAGUAGAAACGCCACAGCAAACAGCUUUUACUUCCCCCAAGUCGUUUAACUACUGAAGAGGUGGGGACCCUGACCUGCAUGGCCCUCAUGAUUCAGGUGCAGCUCAAAGUCUGGCUGUGGACAGCUUUGGUCUUCUACAUGCCUGCUGGAACCCAGAGGCUGACAGAUGAACAACUUCACAGUAAGGACCAAGCUGACGUGAACAAGUUUCAUAACAAGCUGGAGGAUGCACACAUCAUGCUAGAGUUGCUCUGGGCAGGGCUGGAGAUUGAAGCCAAUGAGACAAUCUGGCUCCAGGAUGAGGAGCUGGCUUCUCUGCGCCCAGCAAAGCGACUGAUCCAGAUUUUCCAGCAUCAAGUUCCCAAGACACCAGCAAGGAUUGAACAGCAACUGAGACAUUUUUCACUGGCUGAGGCCCCUCUGACUUUAGCAGAGUUUGACCAGCUCCUCUUCACAAGCGUUUAUUGUGCCUAUCAGAUUCGCUCCAUUCAGGGCCUAGACAAGAAUCUUUGGAUCACUUUCUUUUCUCAGCUGAUUGAUGAAAUCUUCCAUGAUCUCUGCAAGGGGUUUUGCCCUGCAGAUUCUACUCUCCUGGCUUCCUGGCCCUGGAAAGAUAAACCCUUCUAUUUAACCUCACUGAAAAAGUCCUAUCAUUCUCACCUUGCCAUGACCAAGAGAAACCUUGAGUAAGGAAAAUGAUACAAAGGAAAGUCAAGUUUUGUGUUUGGAUUAUUUGGAGUGCUGCCUGUCAUCCAAUAUCAUCCAGAACAGUGUGUCAAAGUGCUACCUACCAUUCUUCCUGUUUUGCUUUCUGUAUCAUACUGAAAAAUUCCUAGCAGCUUAUCAAUCAGCUAUUUUUCCAUCUUUAAAUAUGAAAUAAGGUGAUGGAUCUCUCCCUAGGAAUUCCAUAAAGAACACUCCUCUGAGGUGAAUUUAGCCAUCUGAGCUUUGGUAUUAGAUACUACUACUGCAGGUGGUGAUAUCUUUCCAAUGUUAUAUGCCUUGAUCACUGAUAGUCAUGAGAGAUGCCCUGGCACCUUUUCCAGGGUGUUAGUUCAGGUGUGCUGGCUGAAUUCCAUGUUGGAUAAUUCCAUUCUGCCUCUGAAUUUUUCCUGUAGUUUCAAUUGGCUACAAUAUUUUCCCUUCCUGUAAUAGCCCACUGUGUGCCUUAGCUAUGUUGUUCAUACAGCUGCUGUGUUUCACUGGGGCUAAACUCCAGUGAUGAGUCAAAUAAUUUCUGAUCCAAUAUUAUCUAUCAUCCCAUAUAAAAUGCCUGUCAUGGGAUGACAGAUGAACAUCCAACUCCUUCUUCAAAAACUCCUGAAUAUAUACUUAUUUCAUGAUGUCUCUGGUAUAAUACAUAUAUAAAUCAUUCUAUAUUUUGCAUUUGUUUAGGAUGAUACCUACAGGCAUCACAUCUUAAACUCCUGAGAACAAGAAACAAUUUUUUUCUUCAGCAGAUUUUACUUCUUUUAUGCAGUGCCUUUUACAUCCAUGGCACUUUACAGAUCAAAUAAAUAUAAUAUAUGUUCCAUCAUAAUUCUUAUAAUUAAGGAUACAGUUAAGCUUCCUGUCAUGCUCACUGCAACAUGGAACUAAUAACCUAAUCUCAAUUAGCAGAAAUUAUUUUAAUUGACAUUGAUUUCCUAGUUUCUGAUGGGCUUCCUGCUAGCUACACCAACCAUGAACCUCUCCAACUCCUCAUUAGAGUGAGGGAAAUAAAUUCCUUAGGGCUCACUAUAUUUUCAACUUUACAAGAUUAAAGAUGGAGCUACAUUCAAUAACACAUGCAGAAAAUUGUGACAUUCAAAGCAGGAACUACUAACUUUUGACCUAGUUUAUUUUUCUCAAUCCCACUAUCCUGAGAGAGAGAGAUGAGAAGCUGUGAGACAUGUAUGGGAAGCCCAGAGGCAAGAUGUAGUCUUUGAGCCACAGAGAAUGAUUUUAGAGGUCAAGGGUAUCAGAGAGUGUGGGGUUUGCACAUUUUUAAAGCAUAGAUCUUGCAAAGAAUGCAGAAAUUGUGACUAGGUUUGUACAUACAUUCCAAUUCCCAGAUAGAUGGAAUAAAAUAUAAAUGCUAUCCCAAACAAUAA